GGCGCAGUGACAAAAGCCCACAGCUUCUUCUCCCUACUCCUCCAGUCCUCCGUCAUCCGUUUCGCUCUCUGCCGCCGCCACCGCACAAGAAGCUAGCUCCUGCCUGUACCGCCCCGUCAUGGCGAUGCUAUCCCGCGCAGCCUCCUCCGCGGCCCGGCGCCCGCUGCUGCCGCCGCCUAGGCUUCUGGCGGUGAGGGCGAUGGCGUCGUCGCUCUUCGGCCACGUCGAGCCGGCGCCCAAGGACCCCAUCCUCGGCGUCACCGAGGCUUUCCUCGCCGACCCCUCGUCCGACAAAGUGAACGUCGGCGUCGGCGCCUACCGGGACGACAACGGCCAGCCCGUCGUGCUCAGCUGCGUGCGCGAGGCCGAGCGCCGGAUCGCGGGCAACCUCAACAUGGAGUACCUUCCGAUGGGAGGCAGCGUCAAGAUGAUUGAAGAGUCACUGAAGCUGGCGUACGGAGAAGAUUCUGACUUCAUCAAAGAUAAGAGGAUAGCAGCGGUGCAGGCGCUUUCAGGCACUGGUGCCUGCCGGCUCUUUGCUGAUUUCCAAAAGCGUUUUUUGCCGGAUUCGCAGAUCUACAUACCAACACCAACGUGGUCCAACCAUCACAAUAUUUGGAGGGAUGCUCAAGUGCCACAGAAGACAUUCACAUACUACCAUCCAGAGUCAAGAGGGCUUGAUUUCUCAGGAUUGAUGAAUGAAAUCAAGAAUGCUCCAGAUGGUUCAUUCUUUUUGCUUCAUGCAUGUGCUCAUAAUCCCACCGGUGUAGAUCCUACGGAGGAACAAUGGAGAGAAAUAUCCCAUCAGUUCAAGGUGAAAAAACAUUUUCCAUUCUUUGACAUGGCAUACCAAGGGUUUGCCAGUGGUGAUCCAGAGAGAGAUGCCAAGGCAAUCCGAAUUUUCCUUGAAGAUGGACACCAAAUUGGAUGUGCUCAGUCAUACGCAAAGAACAUGGGACUUUAUGGACAAAGAGCAGGAUGCCUGAGUAUUUUGUGUGAGGAUGAGAUGCAAGCAGUUGCUGUCAAGAGCCAACUGCAACAGAUCGCAAGACCAAUGUACAGCAACCCACCUGUUCAUGGUGCACUGGUUGUUUCUAUAAUCCUCAGUGAUCCAGAAUUGAAGAGUUUGUGGUUAAAAGAAGUCAAGGGUAUGGCUGAUCGUAUCAUUGGAAUGCGGAAGGCACUUAAGGAAAAUCUUGAAAAGCUAGGUUCACCUUUGUCAUGGGAUCAUAUCACUAAUCAGAUUGGAAUGUUCUGCUACAGUGGGAUGACACCUGAACAAGUUGACCGUUUAACAAAUGAAUACCACAUUUACAUGACCCGCAAUGGGAGGAUAAGCAUGGCUGGUGUUACGACAGGAAAUGUUGGUUACCUAGCAAAUGCAAUUCAUGAGGUUACCAAACCAAAUUGAGUUAGGGUCCUACCUUCUUUGGUCGAUGGAAGCUGAUGGAAUGAGACUGUGAAGCGGCGUUUCCCCCCCUCUGUUCCUGACAGAAAUAAGUUUAGCCUGCUGCUACCAUAUACAUGGACACAGACUCAGAUGUAGACACUCAAGUUUUGAGAGCUGUGAUCCUGUUUCAUUUAAUCAAAAACAAUUUUGUUUUUUUUUCAUCUUGUCAUGGCAAAUGUUACACCAGCUGCAAAAUAAUUACAAUAAUUGAUCUUGAUCCAGCGUC